GUGGUGGCAAUAACGGAAUUGUGAAAAAAACUAUCGUUAAGAUUGCAUAGAAAAAAAGAUCUUCUUCGAAGGUAGUAUAUGAUUAUAGUUUCAUUCGAUAAUUAUUUAUUGAAAAAAAUCGUAAUUUUUGAGAAAAAAAAUAUGGAAGCAGAACCUUUAGAACUUGAAGACGGUGAAGUUAUAGAUAAUGAGACAAGCGAUAUUGAAACAUAUAAUGUUUUAAAAAGACCUCAUGCAGUUUCAAAUAAAGAAGAAAAUAUAAAAAUGGGUUAUAGUGAUGAAUCUGAUGAUUCUGCAGAUUCUGAAAGUGAUUCUGAUUCAGAUUCUGAACAUAUUAAAAGUAAAAGACCUAAAUUAAAACUAAGACGUUCUAGAAGUACGACAAAAAAUUGGUCAGACAAAAAUGAUAAAUAUAAAAUAUGGUGUACUCAAUUACAAGAAGAAUCUUUAACAGAAGAUUUAAUAUUAUGUGGUGUAACAAAAAAGCGAAACCAAGAACGUAAUGUUGAGAGUUAUAACAUUCCACAUCAUUAUUCUUACAAUGGUACAUGGAAUAUGGAGCAUCGCAAUAAUAACAGCUCAGAAGAUGAAAAAGAUGGAGAAAAGAGACUGACAAAUAAAAGAACAAAUUCAGAUAGAAGUAAUAUUAAAUUGAGAUUAGGAAAAAAACGUAAUUCAAUGGAUAUAGAUAAUCAAAAAGGAAUUGCACGUAAAAUUGCAGAUUUAAGUACAACAGUUGAAUCAACUGAUGCAGAUGUUGCUACUGAUAUAACAUCAAAACUUAGUGAGAAAAAAGAUCUCCUUAUAAGAAGAAUUGUAGAUAUAAUUGGUAAAGAAAAAGCUAUUGAUUUUUUUCAAAAAACUAAAAAGAUUGAAGAAGGAGGUGGUAUGUUAAUAAUGAAUGGAUCUAGAAGAAGAACUGCAGGAGGUGUAUAUUUAUGGUUAGUGAAAAAUGAUGAACACAUCCCACGAGAAAAAAUAAGAGAGAUAUUUUAUUAUGAUAAAAAAGAACAUGCUGAACAAAGAAAAGCUGAUGCUGCUGCAAGAAGACAAAAAGCACAAGAAUUAAUAAAAUGUCUAGAAAAUGGUUCAGAAAAAGAUCUUCCUGCUUUACUAACAAAAGCAGAACUUUCUACAAGAGAAAUAGCAGAAGAAGCAAGAUUGAGGCGUGGAGAAGGCAUGGAUAGAAUGCCAGUGGAUUCUGACCGAACAAUGACUAAUCCGCCACCAAGUCCUGUUACAGAUGAUCCAGAUCAUUCAGAGCAUCCACUUGUACAAAGGCAUGUUCAAAACUAUGGAGAUGAUUUCCUUGAUAUUGGAAUAGACAUAGACAGUAUGGAAGUACUUUAAAAUAUUACUUUGGAAUAUGUAUUGCGCAGAUAAUUUGUACAAAAUGAAGUUCUUUACAAAAUAUCUUUACACAUACAUUAUGUGAAUACAUUUUACAUAAUUUGUACGUUUGCCUAUAAUAUAUACAGAUAAAAAUCAUGGAUAUGAUCAAAUAUUGAUCAAUCCAAAAUCUAUUGCAACGACGUUCCAUAUUGUGAUAAAAUAAUUUAUCAAGUGUACAUAUUAUGGUAAUAUACUUUAUUAUUUUCUCAAA